CUGUUUCCUGCUCAGCUCCAAUGAUUCAUUUUACUUUAACAGCGACAGUUUGAAUCAGUUUGGAUCACUGUGUCUUUAUCUGUGACAUCGAGAAUGGGUCCUAUAAAGAAUAAACAUCUCUUGGUUUUGCAUCAUGUGGUUGUCUUCCUCCUUUUUCUAACACAAACUUGUGAUGGUCAGCAUCAGAUGAUUGGUCCAACUCAGCCAAUAGUGGCCAUGAUUGGUGAUGACAUCAUUUUGCCAUGCCACCUGGAACCUGCUGUGGAUGCUGUUGACCUGACUGUGGAUUGGUCCAGAACUGACCUCAAACCUAGAUCUGUCUAUGUGAGGCGAGAGGGAGUGGAGCUUCUGACUGAGCAGAAUCCUUUGUACACAGGAAGAACAUCACUCUCUGUCAACAAACUGCAGUGUGGAGACAUUUCAUUGAAACUCUCCACAGUACAACUCUCUGAUGCAGGAACAUACAAAUGCCUUGUACCUAAAUUUAAUGCAGGAACUGUGGUGACGCUUGCUGUAGGCUCAGCUUCCUCACCGGUCAUAGAACUCACCGAUGUCAAAAAUGAAAUGGUGUUAGAGUGUAAAUCUAAUGGCUGGUAUCCAGAGCCUCAGAUGUUGUGGGUGGACAGUGAGGGAAAACCUAUUUCUGUUGAACCUACAAAGAAUGUCAGAGGUUCUGAUGGGCUCUAUACUGUGAGCAGUAAAGUGACUGUGGAGAAAGGACAGAGCUACAGCUUCACCUGCAAAGUUCAACAGAAGAAUAUCAGUCAAAUCAAAGAGACACACAUCCAUGUUUCAGGUGAUCUCUUUAUGGUCCAGUCUAAUACUGCUGUUCACAUUAUCAUCAACUUGGCUGUUUGUUUAAUAACCGUCGGGACAGCAGUAAUCCUAAUAUGGAAAUGGGGACAAAAGAAAACCAAAAUCAGCAAAGAUGAUGAGGAUGAAAAUCAAACAGAGAUGGAGGAAAAAUUACAGAAAGAAUGUGAGGAAAAGAAAAGACUUGAAGAUGAGUUGCAGAACAAGGAUGAAGACUUAAAACAUGUCAGACAAACCAUUGAAAAACUGAUGGAGCAGAAGACAUUUCUGAAGAACCAGAGAGAAAAACUCAACACACUACAGCAGGAGGACAAGACAGAGAUGAAAGAGGCUGUGAAAAAAGAGAAAGAAACCCCAUUACUUGACAAAGAGAAAAAAAUGCAGAAGCGUGGAGAUAAAAAAACUAACCUGGAAAAGAGAACAGAAGUACAUGAAGAACUGUUAAAGAUGACAGAAAAACUAAUGGAGGAAACGGAGAACAUUAUAAUCCAAAUAACAGAAAGAAAGGGAAAGCUAGAAAAAGACAAGGAACAAAUUAUUAAACACUUGAGAGAGACAAAGAAAUGAAAGAGAUUCAGAAGAAACUGUCAGAGAAACAAGUGGGAAGAUAUGAACAACUGUCUAAGAAGUCGGGAUGAAUUUUUCUUUAAUAUAUUUCUUGAUAAAAUCAUAUGUACGAGCUGUUGUGUCAUGUUCAGUUUACAUUCUCAGAGUCUCUCCUUUUUUUCAUCAUAUGGAGACAAACACAUAUGCAUAAACUAAAUACAAGAAAUUGAAAAAGGAGGAAGGGAACACAGAAUAAAAGAAAAUCAAUUAAACACUCAGCACUGGCAACAUAAGACAGGAAGUACAGACUACAGAGACACAACCACUUCUUGUUCUCUGUGUUUGUUCAUCUUUCUGUCUGUGUGUCAAGGUUAAGUGGUUUCUAUAUGUACAGUACAUACACGGCUGUGUACAGUAAGAUCGGGAGGCAAGAUCUGAAAACUGUUGUUCACAAACGCUGUCCAUCUAAUCUGACUGAGCUGGAGCUGUUUUGCAAAGAAGAAUGGGCAAUGAUUUCAGUCUGUAGAUGUGCAAAGCUGGUAGAGACAUACCC